GGGAUUAACUGCUUUGUGCACUGUGUUAAUUUUACCUGACGAGCAAGGGAACCUAACCCCGAAACUGAUAGGAUGGGGCGUCUUGUCGCCCAGAUUCCAAACGAGGACCCUGAGCGUCUCAAGCGUGUCCUUGAUGCAAAAUGGCGGACUAUCGGGGUCGACAAGGAGGCUCUAGAAAAACAGGCCCAAGAGAGACGCGACAUGGAGCAAGCGGAGAAAGAACGCGACGAGGCCUUUGCGCGGUUGACACAGUAUUUCAACGACCAGCUCACAUUAAUGCAGCAGGAGGCCGACCAGAUUCGGAAAGCGUACAACAAGGACACAGAGGCUUUUCGGCAGCAGCAGCAACUGCAGCAUACACGCCGUGAAUGGGACAUAAAUCGGCCAGAUGCCAAGCAGCUGGACAUGCCUGCUCGAAUUGGCGAUGACGACGCGCGCCUGGGCCCCUCGUCAAUACAGAAGUUUGACGGGGAGGACCUCACGGCGGGAGACCGCAAGAAGGCCCAAAUCGAGCAAUGCGUUGACUGGUGGGCAGAGCAGACCGCCAUUAAGGAGGCGUUACGCGCUGCGGAAAAAGAGGCCGAGACGGCGCACGCUGAGUUGGUUAAGUACCAGGACAUGCUGCAACAGGCUGCCAAGAACGAGGAGGAUGCGGUUCGCCGCGACCUUGCACGCGCAACAGCCGACUACAACAAGCGGCAGGCUGAGGAAAAGAAGUUGCGGGAUAUCGCCGCUAAGCAGGCCGAGCUGGCGGCCAACAUGGCUGAGAUGGAGGCCACGAUUACAUCCAGCUUCAUGACGGAGGACCCCAACAUGGCUGCGUCUGCCAUGUCACCUUUCCGGGUUCGUAAGGACCACUACAAGGGUAUGACGGAGACGGAGAAGAAGGCCAUCUUGGACGCACAGCUCGCGCAGAUGGAGGAGAAGAAAGCGCGCCGAGCCCAGGAGCAGCUGGAGAACAUGACUUAUGCGCGGACACAGCAGGAUAUCCAGCGUGCUCUCCAAGAGCAGGCGCAACGUGUCGAGGAGUUCAAGAAGGCUCAGCUGGCUCGGGCUACCGACAUCCUGAAGAAGCAAACGGCAGAGAAGCAGGAGAGGGAUAAGUACCUCAGCACCUUGUACAGAAAUGCAAUCGCGCCGGAGUUCUUCACACAAUUUGGCACGUCACACCGCUGAUAGCUCGCACAUCAUGGCCAACAGCCUGGGAUGUGUAUGCGUAUGUACAUGUGUGUGUAUUAUAGAUAGCAGUGGCAGGCUGGGCUUGGUAUGGUCCGGGAGUGAUGGCAAGGUGCUUGACGAGUAUCCCGACGUGCUGUGUCGUCUUCAGAUAGUUAAGCCGUAUGUUGUAAGAUUUGCAUACGGAUUGUGCAUAGUAGACAGUUAUGAACGAGAUUCAAGCCUUUCCAUGCCGUUCCGUCGUGCUUCCGGAAAUUUGGCGACAUGUAUGGGACUUAUAAUGUAAGCGUCGCGCGGCAGUACAAUGGAAGCCAACUAAAAGAUUGUAACUCGUGAUUAAUGUUGGGAACCACUUAGAUUGUUCCGUCCAUCGGAAUUCUCAAGCGCCGUACGGCAGCUUCGGGAAGGUUUCCCUGUAAGGUUCAUGAUUUCCAUUUCUGGGCAUGUCAUAACAUUUAUAGACAUUUUGUUAAUUAAGUAGCCCACUGCUGUUACGAAUGGCGGCUCGGCGUCUCAUUCCGCUGUUGGAUCGGGUGCUAGUGGAGAAAGUGCAAGCAGCCACCAAGACAGCGGGAGGCGUCUUGUUGCCAGAGAGUGCAGUCCAAAAGGUGAAUGAGGGACUUGUACUCGCAAUUGGACCCGGCCGACGCAAUAAGGAUGGAGAGUUGAUACCUGUUAGCGUCCGGGAAGGUGACCGUGUCCUGCUCCCUGAGUACGGAGGAAGCCAGAUAAAGCUCGCGGAUAAGGAGAUGUACCUUUAUCGAGAUGAGGAACUGUUGGGUAUUUUGAAGGACUAAGGCUACAACGCGCUGUGCUAAUCCAGCAUUAAUCUACACAAUUUGAUCUCUUGGACUCAUAGGUCUCUGGGAGCUUACGCGGGCCCCGCCCUGGGCAGGCUUCGUGAGGGGCCCCUAAGCAGCGUAGCCUAUCGCAUGGCUUUGUUUUACGAAGCACGAGGGAAUUCAGUUGGUGGUUGCGGUGGUGGCAGCAGAUGCACAAGUUUGGGCAUCACUAUGACUUGGUUAGCUCUGAGGAAAUUGGUGUUAGGAACCCUGGGCGGAUGGGCAGGUGGGAGGGGAGGGUUUAGUCGCGCUGCCCUUCCUAGGAGCCCUUGAAAUCUCUAUGGAUUGGUGCCAUGUGCAUGUGUGUUGAGCUUCUUGGUGUCUUGCGAUAAGGUGUCAAGGGCCUGGCUGUAUGGUGAACAUACCCUCGUUGUCGGACCGGAGUCGUGAAGCGGGGGGCAGCAAUUCAGGAUGUUGUGUUGAUGUUGCUUACGGGAAAGUAAUCGCUGUAUCCACGCCGCAAGUAUCUCACGCCACAAAACAACGCAGGACCUAGAUUAUUAUCGAUUUACAAGCCUUCAAUGAAAAAUGGAUGUAUCGAUUGCCAUUUUUGUGAGCACUUUCAUCGGAAUGAGAUUAUGCUGUACCAUCAGCCGCACGACAGCACUAGCAACGCCAUUAGGAACAUGGAGUUUAACGGUUACUUACUAUACUCUCAUAAAUUUAAAACAUUUAGUUCGUGUAACUAUGAAGCGGCCGGCG